GAGUGUCUCUCUCUCCCUUCGAAUACGUUUGAAUUAACGUUCUUUUUCGAAGCGGCGGAAAUUCAGGAUUGAGAUUCGAAGCACUAUUUGUGGCCGUUGGCCAGAAAACGAGUCGAAGGUGGAAAACACGGCGCUUUUCCCGCUUUUCGUUGGCGGCUUCCGUCAUUUGUUGUUGCUUCGAGGCGCGUGUGCUCGGAAAAUACUGUGCGUGGAUUCAAACAAAAAGUGGAAACAAAUUCAAAUAUUUUGUAAAUAAAGCUUCAGCUAAUAUCUUGAAAAAGUGAUUAAAUUUAUUUGAUUUUUGUUGAGUAUUGAAUAUAUUCAACAAACACUAGAACCCAGAACCAAACAUAUCGUCAAUGAAGAGAUCCCAAACAUUUCGGAGUUUAGUCUGCGUCCGCCCUCAAGCGAUUUAAUGGCCCGGCCGACAAUGCGGAUGAGUGUACAAUAUUCCAACAUGCGAAACCAAUCCGGAAACUGAACUGAAACCGAAAGACAAGCAGCCCAGGCCUGAAGUAAAAUGUCAGCCAUUCUAGUACAAAAAUUAUCAGCAGAAACUCAAAUCAAUUCCCAGACCCAGCAGCAACCAAGCCGGAAAACGGAGCAGUCACCUGAGGUGGAAGUGGGACAUCUGGCAACCAUAUCGCUGCUGCUGCAAUACGAUAUAGACAAUACGCUGAAUGCGUUCAAGGAGCACCGAAGAAUGACGAUGGACGGAAGGGGAAUGGGAAUGGGAACGGGAGGACCAGGAGCUCUGGCAGUUAACAAUAACCAAGACACGGACGUUAACCUGAAUAGGACUGCGGCUGGGGCUGCGGUCGGCCCAAUGGCCGAGCUAGAGCUGGAGGGAUUGGCCAAGGGGUGCCCCCCAGCGGGGGCCGGUCAGGGGUUCAUGCCGCCCACACCUCCGGCCACACCCAAUCUGCAGAACACGGCCCAGAAGCGCUGGAAGAUUCUGGCCAAGGUGCUGCGCAAGGACUCCGAGGAGACAGUGUCCUCCUCCAGCGACGAGUUCAGCGAGGAGCAGACGGCGUCGGUGCGGCGCUUCAAGAGCUUCGACCUGCUGCAGCAGGACAGCUUCGAGGACCACGUGAGCCUCAAGUGCCUGGGCAAGACGGAGAACUGGUACAAGUACCGCAUGCAGCUGGACAACGACGUCGAGUAUUCGGUGAACAUCCACCACAUGGAGCGCCAGCUGACCGCCAGCGAUCUCAUGGGCUUCAACAACACGGGCAACAUCUGCGUGUGGCCCUCGGAGGAGGCUCUCACGGCCCUGGUGCUCUCCGAAGUGGCCGCGUAUCGCGGCAAGUGGAUCCUGGAGCUGGGCGGCGGCUUCACCUCCCUGGCCGGCCUCAUGCUGGCCAAGUACGCCAAGCCCUACGCCGUGCACCUGACCGACGGCAACGAGGUCUCGGUGGACAACGUCCGCAAGACGGCCUGCCUGAACGAGCUGAGCUGCUACACCAAGUGCUCGGUCCUCAAGUGGCAGGAGCGCUCGGCCCGGGCGCAGGCGGAGCAGGAAAAGUUCGACUUCAUCCUGUGCGCCGACUGCCUGUUCUUCGACGAGGCCCGGUCGGCGCUGGUCGACACCAUCUGGUAUUACCUGGCGCCCCGGGGCGUGGCUCUGAUCAUGGCCCCGAGGCGCGGUCGCACCCUCAGCAUGUUCCAGGACGAGUGCAUGGCCCGGGGCUUUGCGGUGGAGCUGGCCACGCGCUACAACGAGACCAUCUGGCAGCGACACCUCCAGCUCAAGGCCGACUCCGCCCUGUACGACGAGGAUCUGCACUAUCCGCUGCUGCUCCGCCUGUGCAAGACGCACAGCUAGAGGGUCCAGAAGCCAGAUCCAGAGACGGGUUGGACGGGGAGUAGGUGCAAUUAAAUUUAGUCAAUGUUUUAGUUGAUAGCAAGCAAAUUCCAGUUUACACCUUAAACAAACAAAAAAACGGGGCUGAACGGAUAGAAAUUCCUCCCACACUGAAACAAAAACGAAAAACCAAAAAUAUAGCAAAUCCAAUGCAUUAGGCUGGUCCCUGAAAUCGCCAAGAAAGAGCUCAACAUCUUAUAAUCUUAUAGUUUUCUUCAAUCAGACAAUUGUUCACCUUUAGAUUCGAUUUUCUUAGCAAGUAUUCCAUUCGUCGAGGAGGUCGCUCUAGAAAGGAAAACGCCACUUCUACUGAUUUCUACCCAUAACACCUACACAUAUUUCAAAUGACAGAACUCCUAGUGCGUCCUGCUAUGUAAAUGCCAUGCAGUAUUGUUAUCCCAUUUCUAUUUUCUGUGCGAGAUUAGGUUCGAUGUCGAUUCAAGACCCAAGAAGCCCAAGGUACAAUAGAUCGAAAUCCGUUUUAGGAACCCCAGAAUAUUAUGUAAGUCGAAACUCAUCAGAGCUGUUGUAAUUAUUUUGUUGGAUCCCAGCAGAAGUCGAUAAUUAUUUGAAUUAUGUUUAGUGUUAAAUUCUGUGAGCCUCCUGUUUGAGUCCUCUCUGAGGACCAGCCUAAUGGUCCCCCCUAGCACGUAAUGUAGUUCUCUGUUAAGUUCCAAAAGAUUCCUUUGAUAUAAACAUAAAUUUAAUUUGCUUUGAUUCCACCAGUUUUGCGACUGUUAUUUUUCGUUUUGUCUUUUACAAAAUACUCGUUAUGCAUACACGUAUGUAAUUAUGUAUCUAUGUUAUAACCACACACACACACACAUGCACACGCACACGCACACAAGUAUUAUUUGAAUAUAAUGUAUACGCUGAAUAUAUGUAGGUAUGGGGUACUUUCGGAGACCUGGAAAAGAUCAAAGCAAACGAGAAGGAAUGUGCAUCCAAUCCACGAAACCAAAUACGAAACGUGUCCAGCGCUCGACCAAUUAACUAAUAGUUAACUAAACUAAAACUAGUGUAUUGUAAUUAAAUAGAGCAUGUGUUAAUGGUUAUACGAUGAGAUGAUGAGACAAAUACAGUAUCAAAAUGCCACGUA